AUGGAUAGUGCAUUAUGUAAUCAAUCAGAAGCUUUUAUUCAUUUGCACGAUGAUAACGAUGAUACCUUGAAGUUUGUCUUACCAUGUAGCGCACCCGAAUAUUACGAUCCGGGAAGAGACAUAACUGGGAUAAACUGUAAUAAGUUGGAAAACCAAGCGAGCAUUUCUCGGAAAUCUUUGACGCAAGCGAUACGAAACAUCAGCCACAAGUCCUACUUAACCAGCGUAAUUCUGGGAAUGAAUCGGAUGCUCAUUAUUGUCGUGUUAACAAUUUCGCUAGCUCUCCCUGCCACUACACAAUGGGGAUUCGGAUAUCCUUUCGGCAUGGGUUACGGCUGGGGAAUGCCCUUUGGAUAUGGUUUUGGAUAUCAAAAUCCAAUAGCUGGCGCCCUUCGAGGCGCUUUUUUGGGUACCAUGAUGGGUGCACUAUCAGGAAAGAAGAAAUAGCUCACGUGAUAGUGCUGUUUACAUCAAUGAAGACUUAUAUGAUCUGUACAUACUCGUUUUAAUCUAUUAGGUUGGUUCAUAAUUUUCAAUCAAAAAUCGUUUUUCUCUAAAAUCUUAACUGUCGGA